GUCUGUAGUCAGUCUAGAUUGAAACGGCAGAGCGAAAUUUUACGGACAUUUCUAACCAACAGAUUUGUUUCAACGUUGGCAGGUUGAAACUAAGGCGGACGUCUGGGAUCUCUAGAUUUGGAGUUGUUAUAAAACUGAAAUCUCCAGGUUCGAGAUGCGUCGAGUCUUGAUAAAACAAAAAGCUCAAAAAGCUGUGCUUCUAUUCGCACUUUUUGUUUUAACCCUCUUUGCCUUCAGUUUUGAAUGGCUACCGAUAUUGAAUUCUAUCCAGCCAAGUUUCACACAAAACCAAUUUCUCGCCCAUGGUGAUUUGGAUAUUUUUUACGUCCAGGCCUCUGUCCCUGAGUUCUGGAGUGAUCACCCUUUAGACAUUUAUGAAGCUUUCGCCCAACAUUCCUUCAAGACUCUGGACACAUGUAACAACGUUUGUCCUCGUGGUGCACCAGUGUGCACAGCUAAAACAAACCAAGAGUUUAGAGACCUCAUACAGGAAGAUUUGAUACAACAAAAGCCUUUUCUCGACAGAGGGCAGUAUGUUUACAGCUGGGUGAAAAAUUAUUUGAGUUACCCGCCCCUGAUUGACACCAAGACGCUGCCUAGUCUGACGUUGUCAAGGAUGACGGUGAAGAACGUCACACAGGGCGUGGUGACGUGUCACAUGUUCGAGACGAUACAGGGUCGGCUGGAUGUCGUGAAUGGAUACGGACGUCAAAGAACUAAGGGAGACGAUGUAGUCAGGGUUUGGAUGAAGGGAGAUAACAGCACAAAGGGUGAUAAUAGCACAGACUAUGCAUCUGUUGGUGACGUCUUAGAUCUGGGCAAUGGAAGCUAUCUGUUUUCAUUCAAGUGUUUAUGGCCUGGAUUUUCCUCUGUUUCUCAUUCCAUAUCUUAA